AAACUACGUUACAGUAAGUUUGAAACGAAUCAACUAUUUGCAAGUAGUCAACAAUGGAGGUUGCAGAUUUGGAGACGGUACUCAAGACACUUGAAUCUGCUUUGUCUCAAAUUAAAUGGCGCCUCAAACUUUCAUCAAAGCGUCGCCUUGAAACAGACAUUUUGGCCUUGUGCACUGAGAUGAGGCCAGUUGUAAUGGUGGACUAUGGAGGGAAGAUGCCUGAACUGCAAGAAAGGCUUUGUGCAUUCCUUAAGCAUUGCAAAGAGGAUUGCUCAAUAUUUAAGCCUUUGCAUGUCAUGGUUAUAGAAGAUAUGAUAUACUUGGUUCACGCAAGAGCAUUUGCGGAGUUUGUUAAGUCUAGUUUGAACUUGGAGACGCGACUGAUUUUUGUAGACCUUGAACAUGAUCCUCCAAAGAUGAUAACACAAGCAGAAGAAAGCUGCUUGGCUGCGGAACUUGUAUUGGCACAAAAGACAUUUUCGUCCAUCUUUUCUGAAAAUGGAAUAAAGAUGGAUCACUUGGAACAUCAGAAACCAGAAGUUAAAGCAAACACCGACUCAUCUUUAUAUAAGCCAACUUCUUCACUGUCUUCGGAUGUAAUUGAUCUCAGUGAUUGCAUUAAAGAUAGUCAUGUUACAGCCCCAACUCUAAAUGGAUGGUUGCUUGGUUAUCCUAUAGUUUACCUUUUUGGGAUGGCUCAUAUUGAAAAUGCCAUAUAUAACCUCUCUACCAAGUCUCUGAAUCUUUUCCAAGUCCUUGUUUGCAGGAGUGCCAGAUGCAAUAAAGGAUCUCAGGCUCAAAAAGAGGAACUAAUGAGUUUCUCUGUGCCAUAUGACUUGAGCUUGGAGGGAAUGGAUGAACCAUGGGUAGAGACAUUUUUGACUCGCAUAAAGGCAAAGCAAGAAAGAUGCAACCAAAUUUGGACAUCCCUACAGAUGGAGGUUAACUCUUGUUAUCCACAAGCAAUCGCGUUAUAGAAGUGGAGAAAAUUGUACCACCUAUAUAUAUAUACCACAAGCUCAGAAACAACUAUGGAAAAAUCCCUAGGGAAUUAUUCACAGAAGAGAACAUGCUAUUACUAAGAGAAGGGGAAAAGCGGAUGAAAGACACUGCAAAUUAUGAUUGUUCCAACUUUGAUUGCCACGAUGGUGUUUGUUGUUGUCUUCACUGUGCCAGGUGGUAAUAACGGUGAUGAUGGUAUUCCAAUAUUGCUAAAAUUGAAUGGAUUUACGGCUUUUGACAUGCCCAAGCAAGCUCAUUGCUUCUUGUAUUGGUGUUCCUGCAUCUGAAAUAACAAAAGGCAGUAAAUCUGUCUAACUUUAGCAAUAUUAGAAUACCAUUAUCACCGUUAUUACCAUCUCACACAGUGAAGCCAGCAACAAACAUCAUCGUGGCAAUCAAAGUUGCAACAAUCAUACAAGAAUUUGCAGUGUAUUUCAUCCACCUUUCUCCUUCUUUUGGUAAAAGCUUGUUCUCUUUUGUGAAUAAUUCCAUAGGGAUUUCCCUAUCGUUGUUUCUGACCUUGUGGAGGGGAGAUGGUACAAGUUUACGUGGAAUGCUCGUGGCCAUGGAAAUCGCGCUAAAUAACUUUCUUCACACCGGAGAAUAUGGUCCUUCAAAGACAUUUACCUUGUCUAGAAAGAGAUAGUUGUGAACUUACUAACAAAUAGUACAAGAUUGGAAAAUGGAUUUUCAAUAUCUCUUUCUUAUUCAUUAUGUUUGCAAUAUCAUGAGAAGGCUAGCUCUCCAUAUAUACUAUGUUUAUUUAUAUUCUUGACAUUGAA